AUGCUUGAAGAUCUUUAUAAAAUCCCUGAAGUCAGCGCAUUCCUAGCUUGGUUUCCUAGAGAUCAAUGGAGAAGCUGCAUUGAAGUUAGCAUUAUCCUUGGCAUCAAAUGGGUAUUCAAACGAUUUCCUAAUGGCUGCACUUUUAAUCAGCUUAAGCUAGAAGCAAAUUUUUCUAAAAAUAAAGCAAAUAUUUCUCAAACCCGGAAAAGCUCAACUGAAGUAAAAUACAAGCCAAGCAGGAAUUCUUUCAGUAAUGAAAAGAUUUCUGACAAUUUAAUUGAUUACUCUCCAAAGGAGCUAAUGAAACACGCAAAAACAAUGAACCAGCAAAAGGUUCCAAGCCAUCUUCGAUAUGUAAGUUCAAAAAUUAAAAACGAAGUCCAUAAAGAUAUAGCUCUAUACAAAAUUAAAAUGAAUUCGUCAAGAAAUUCUCUUGUAGAAAAAAGCACUGAAAUUGAAAAAAUGAGCAGCGGAGUACAGACAGAAAGAACUUCUGAGUUGCCUAUAAAUGCGAUUGUUGAUUUUGUUCCACAAGGAAAUAAUGAAGAUGUAUAUUUCAGCCCAACUGGGCCUUUAAAAGAGAAAAAUAGGCAGAAGAGCCAUAAACACCAUCAUAAACAUCAGAAGAAAAUGAUAAUGACUGAAGGGAUAAAAGAGCCGAAUACGAUUUCUAUUGAGGACGCACAAAAUAUCUUUAUUCAUUUACCGUCUGGAAAAAAUAGCCCUUUGCAGCCAAAUAGUGGCGUUGUGAGAUCGCUUGAUUUGAGUGGCAGUGAUAAAAGUGUUAUGGAAAUUGCUGACAAAUUUUUGAGUAAUCCGAUGGCUUCUUAUUUAGCAAAAGAUAAAGGGACGAGUUCUGGUUUUAAUUCUCCGAAGUUCUUAGAGCGGCUUUUCAUUCCGAAUAGUAAUCCUAUUUCGAGAACUGGAACAGCAAGUCCUUCAUAUUUAGCGGAAUUAUAA